AUGCCCCCUGCUUUAUGCCGCCUCUUUGCAACUGUUCUGAUCUUCUACCAACCAAGUGAUCCAACUGCAAUGUGGCUUAAAUACUAUGCUGCCAUCUCUCAAGAUUAUAGACACCAUUUUCCGAGUUCAAAAAAUCUGGUCAAGCAACUCACAGAUAUCAUCGAUGCACUUGAUGCGCCAAUACCUCAAGAAUGCAUUAGUUGUCGUGAUAGGCUGAACCCGACACAACAACAAGCAUUUGACUGUAUCAUUGACCAUGUCAUAAGAGGGGAACCUUGUGCAUUUUUCAUUGAUGGCCCUGGUGGCACCGGGGAAACUUUCUUGUACAAUGCACUCUAUGCAGAGGUUUGUCUAAUGAAGAAGAUCGUUCUUCCAACUGCUACGUCGGGUAUUACUGCAUCUAACAUCCCUUCUGGAAGGACUGCCCAUUCAAGGUUCAAAAUACUAGUUGAUUCAGAAUCUUCCUUAGCUUGUGAUGUUCCAAAACAAGGAAGCCUUGCCGCAUUAAUAAAAGAAACAACUUUAAUCAUCUGGGACGAAGCUUCAAUGGAAAAGAAAGAGAAUGUCGAGUCCUUGGAUUUGCUUCUCCGGGACUUGUGCAACCCAGAUGCCCUCUUUGGCGGCAAGCUUGUUGUAUUUGGUGGAGACACACACAUGCUCAGUAACAAACAAUAUCCAAGACAAAAACGGGGAAUUGAUUGA